UUUCUCCAUACUCUAUCCAUUCCGUGGCUCAGAUCCAUACAAAAAAACUAUCUACCAUUCUCACACUCGUUCUUCAACCUUAAUAAAUUUGUCUUCAACCCACAUCCAUCCUCACCAAAUCCACUCACUAAUACCACCACCACCAUGUCCGUGACAACCACCUCGACCGGCACCGCUGCCUCCGCCUCCUCCACCUGCAUCAACAAGCUCUACGACAUCCCCGUCAAAGAUGCCGCCUGCGCCAUGCCCAUGCGCAACAACAACUCCGCCAUCAUGAGCAGCUGCUGUGGCUCCGCCUCCAUCGUCUCCUACGACAGCUGCGACUACUACUGUCUGGCUCAGGACCAGACCGUCGGUACCCUGGCCGAAUGUCUCAUCAAGGCCUCCGAGGCCGGUGAGGUCUGGUGUAACACUAACGCCAACGCUACUGCUACCGGUAGCGUUCCUACUACUGGCGCUGGCACUGUCGUCUCGACUGCUACUGCUACUGGUGGCUCGUCUAGCACUGGGUCCAGCACUUCGAGCGGUUCGUCGGCUUCUUCGACUAGUGGGGCUGGUGUCGCGGUUACGAAGAAGAGUGUGGGUGUGUUGGCGCUGUUGUUCUUUGGGUCGACUGCGGGUUUCUUGUUGUAAGAAGGACAUCAAUGGGAUGGAUAAAGGGGGUGGGAUUGGAGGACUGGAUGGAUGUUGUUUUGUAUAGAGCAGAGCAGGCUUGUACAGUAACUUGGGGAAAAUAUCGUGUUGAUUGAACCAACUUGCUAGCGGAAGUCCGUCCUUCUUAGCAUUACUUCGUUUCUUUUGUUUGUGUUACAUAUUACCAUUGAUGUUUUUUCUUCACUUCAUAUAUUAUCUUCUGUUGCAGUGCGCAAUUUCCAAUUUGGUUCAUGAUAGGCACUAUAUAUAUUUAUUUGUAUAUACACGUCUACAGGAAACCCCCCUACUAGUGUAUAAAGCUGCC